AUGACCAACAACGACGCACUCAAGCCUAACGGCACCAACGGCGAUGCCAAGAACACGUUCGCCGUCAAGGCCGGACUCGCCCAGAUGCUCAAGGGAGGUGUCAUCAUGGACGUGACCGACGCCGCCCAGGCCCGCAUCGCCGAGGAGGCCGGCGCCUGCGCCGUCAUGGCCCUGGAGCGCGUCCCGGCAGACAUCCGCAAGGACGGCGGCGUCGCCCGCAUGUCCGACCCUGCCGUCAUCAGGGAGAUCCAGAAUGCCGUCACCAUCCCCGUCAUGGCCAAGGCCCGCAUCGGCCACUUUGUCGAGUGCCAGAUUCUCGAGGCUCUCGGCGUCGACUACAUUGACGAGAGCGAGGUCCUCACCCCGGCCGACAAGGUCUACCACGUCGAAAAGGCCGACUUCAAGGCCCCCUUCGUCUGCGGCUGCCGCAACCUCGGCGAGGCCCUGCGCAGAAUCGCAGAGGGCGCCGCCAUGAUCCGCACAAAGGGCGAGGCCGGCACCGGCGACGUCGUCGAGGCCGUCACCCACGUCAAGCAGGUCACCAGAGACAUUGCGCGCGCCAAGGGUGUUCUCGCGACCGAGGGCAUCUUGGGCAUCCGCGCCCUGGCGAGAGAGCUCGAGGUCGACCCUACGCUCCUCCAGCAGACGGCCGAGCUCGGCCGUCUCCCCGUCGUCAACUUUGCCGCCGGCGGCGUCGCCACACCCGCGGACGCGGCGCUGAUGAUGCAGCUCGGCUGCGACGGUGUCUUUGUCGGCAGCGGUAUCUUCAAGUCUGGCGACCCGGCCAAGCGCGCCAAGGCCAUCGUGAGAGCGACGACGCACUACAAGGACGCCAAGGUCCUCGCCGAGUGCAGUGAGGGACUUGGUGAGGCCAUGGUCGGCAUCAACUGCGACAGCUUGAAGACUGAGGAGAAGCUGGCCACCCGUGGGUGGUAA